AUGCCGCGACAGCCCCAACCCUCGGAACUCAGGCGGCGCAUGCCGCCGAGUCAACCCUCCGACAGUGCCCUCAGCAAUCCAUCCGAAAGCGAGGCACCACCCACACCGCCGGCCGCUGGUCAAGAGGACAACCACACGACCGUUGAACACGUCCAUAUCGUCGAGCAUAUCGACGAACCGAAGACGAGGAAACGACGCUCCACCGCCAUUUUCCUCCUCGGCAGUCUCUUCGGCCUCGUCGCCGCCGGCUUCUUCGCGAAGAGCAACGACCUCAUCGACUUUCCUGAGCUCGGCGAGUUCAGCGUCGACAGCCUUUUCGAUGCCCUGCCCGCCGGCCUCGUCGCCGAUAUGCGCGACCUCGUGAAAGGAGAACGCGAUUUCGUCGACAGCUACGAUGCCUUUGCCGUCGGCCUACAGGCGCGGUCCGAAGGCCUCUCAGCCCACCAUCCCAUGAUCAUGGUGCCCGGCGUCAUCUCGACGGGACUCGAGUCCUGGGGCACCGCCAACGUCUCCCGGCCAUACUUUCGCAAGCGUCUCUGGGGCAGCUGGAGCAUGAUGCGCGCUCUCGUCAUGGACAAGGACAACUGGAAGAGGCACAUCAUGCUCGACAAGCAGACGGGUCUCGAUCCCCCGAACAUCAAGUUACGAGCGGCGCAGGGGUUUGAUGCGACCGACUUCUUCAUCACGGGCUACUGGAUCUGGAACAAGAUUUUUGAGAACCUUGCCUCCAUCGGCUACGACCCAUCCAACUCGUUCACUGCUGCGUACGACUGGCGGCUGGCAUACCCGCACCUCGAGAUCCGAGACCAGUACUUCACGCGCCUCAAGAACCACAUUGAGACGGCCUUUGAAGCAUCCGGCGGCAAGAAAGCCGUCCUCGUGUCGCACAGCAUGGGCGGGCAGGUUGUCUUCUACUUCUUUCACUGGGUGGCCUCUGACCUGGGCGGCCGUGGCGGCGACGACUGGGUCGACCGCUACGUCGAGUCCUGGAUCAACGUCAGCGGGUGCAUGCUAGGUGCCGUCAAGGACCUGACGGCCGUGCUGUCGGGUGAGAUGCGAGACACGGCGCAGCUCAAUGCCUUUGCCGUCUACGGUCUCGAGAAGUUCCUCAGCAAGGACGAGAGGGCCGAGCUUUUCCGAGCGAUGCCUGGAAUAUCAUCGAUGCUUCCGCUCGGCGGCAACGCCGUCUGGGGCAACGGUACGUGGGCGCCUGACGACCUGCCGGGGCAGAACCACACGUUUGGUACGGUGCUCAACUUCAGGGAGGGCCUGAACUGGACGACGCCGGAGAAGAACCUGACGGUCGACGAUUCGCUGCAGUACCUCUGGAACACCACAGAGACAUGGUACCAGGACCUCGUCAGGGAGAGCUACUCUCACGGCGUGGCCCACACGGAGGCCGAAGUCGAGGCGAACGAGAAGGACCCCCGAAAAUGGAUCAACCCGCUCGAGACGAGGCUGCCGCUGGCGCCCAACCUCAAAAUCUACUGCUUCUACGGCGUGGGCAAGCCCACGGAGCGCGGCUACUACUACAGGUCGCCGGAGAUGCCGUCGAUGACGAACCUCAACAUCACCAUUGACACGGCGCUGAUCGAGGGCGAGGUCGACCACGGCGUCGUCAUGGGCGAGGGCGACGGAACGGUCAACCUGCUCAGCACGGGGUACAUGUGCAAUCGCGGCUGGGACCUCAAGCGGUACAACCCGGCGGGCGCCAAGAUCACCGUCGUCGAGAUGCCGCACGAGCCCGACCGCUUCAGUCCCAGGGGCGGGCCCAAGACGGCGGACCACGUCGACAUUCUCGGCCGCCAGAACCUCAACGAGCUCAUCCUGCGGGUCGCCGCCGGCAAGGGCCACACCAUUACCGAUUACGUCGUCAGCGACAUCCACAAGUAUGCCGACCAGGUCAAGGUGUACGAGGAAGGCGAAGAGCGUGACUAG